AAUUUUAACAAGAAAAACGUUGAAUUUAUACAAGACGCAAAACGACGGUACAUUUUUCGUUUUAACUUGUUGAUGUCUGGAUGUUAAUUUUCACAGAUUUUAAUUGCUUGUGGGUCUAAAACACGUGUUUAUUUUAUUAAGCAUGGCUACGGCGCUUGCACCACCCCACAGCUUCCCUUCUUCUUUACAGUAUCCAACACUUAACGACCCUUGCAUUGGCAGCCGCCAUAUGGAGCACAUGAUGUCCCAUAAUUUGUUGAGACCUUCCGAAAUAGUGCGGCCAACACCGAACCAUCCUAUGCAGAUGUGGCAAAAUACUAGAUCCGCCGAAAUGAUGCCACCCUCUCUUCGCUCACCUUUACACCCUCUCCAACAAAUGAUGGCCUCUAAUGUCUAUCCUAACGAACAGGCUCAGCGAGAAGCAUUUAAUUAUGAUCUUCACCAAGCUCGUCUGAGACAACAGGAAUUUCUUACAAGUGACAGACAAUUCUUACGAACCCCUACGACGCCCGUGUGUCCACAUCCCCAAUUUUCUCCCGUAUCCCCCUCAAUACCUCACCAACCAAUCCAUAAACAAUUAUCUCCCCCUCCGGCUGCUGAAGCGGAGGUCCCGUGGUGGAGUGUUCCAACUGUCCCAGAAAUGAAAAUGAGGCUUACAUCCCCAGCGAUGGUAUUCAGCCAACAGACAAUUGGGGAUUUCCCUUUUCGGUCUCAGUAUCCCCUUUUACCAGGGGUUAAGCCUAUUUUGACUCCAACUCGCCGAUGCCGGAGAUGUCGAUGUCCAAAUUGUCAGUCUUCCAAAAACAGCGAGAGUCCAACUAAAAAGAAACAACAUGUAUGCCAUAUUGCCGGUUGUGGAAAAGUUUACGGGAAAACUUCUCACCUAAAAGCGCACUUGCGAUGGCAUUCUGGAGAAAGACCAUUUGUUUGUAACUGGUUGUUUUGUGGCAAAAGCUUUACGCGAUCGGACGAGCUACAAAGACAUUUAAGAACCCAUACUGGAGAAAAGAGAUUUGCGUGUAAAGAAUGUGGGAAACGAUUUAUGAGAAGUGACCAUUUGAGCAAACACAUUAAGACGCAUGAUAAUAAGCGUCCAAAGGAAGAAGGUGUAUUAGAGAAUGACCCAUCGAACACGUCAGACGAUGAAGAUGAAGACAUUGAUGUGGACGGAAUAGACGAGUUCGACGAAAUGUGUGAGAAUGUUAACAUCAAUGCAUAACACGAAAAAUUUUAAAGUGAAUGUAGUGUGUUUUUGCUCAUUGACACAAUGUUUACAACAAAUGGUGCAAUGCAAAUUUAACUGUGAUUGAGUUCUGUGAGUGCUGCUAUAUUUUGACUUAUUUGUUUCAUUUAAGUGCUUAUCUUUACAAAUUACUUUAUUUUGAAUAAUUUAUAUUUAGUUGUGUAAAUUAAAUUGAAUCAAUUUUAAA